CAGUUUCUCCAUCUGUGUAUGCAGUACAAGUUCCUGCUCAUUUCACAACAUGUGUUUGUAUAAUCUUUGUUAACAUCUUCACUUUGCGUGCUUUGUACUGAAGGACAAGCCAUAGGGCACAUUAUCAAGGAAAUGAAUGCAACUUUCCUGCGUGAUGGCAGUCGGGGCUGGGACACUUGUUAGGCAUUUGUGUGCGUGGGGAUGGUUCCCGUUCGCUGCAUGAACCUGUGACCCAAAACAGUUGUCCCGGCUGGAAUGCGCAGGGCGGUGCAGGCGCUGCUGCCACCCACGGCUCGUGCGGGACAUUGCCCUGCGUGCAGGGGAAAGGUUGAGUCUGCUUUGCUGUCAGGUACCGCCUUCCAUGUGCAAGAUAACAUAUGAGGAGCUCAGUGUGCGACCCUUAAAGCAGACUGUAUCAGGGUGCUUUGAUCAGCCAGCCCUUUGCAUAGCAAUCUCUCAAUAGAUAAAGACCCAGACUUUGGCUGUAUUUUUCACAACUGCGUGAAUCGAGAAAUCUGAGCAGAUGCCUGUGCCACCGCCGCCACCACCACCUCCUCCUCCACCACCUCCACCACCUUCUGGAGGUCCCCCUCCACCACCACCUUCUGGAGGUCCCCCUCCACCACCACCACCACCACUGGCAAGCUCAGAGAUACCAAAAUUGCGAAAGGAAGACCAGAAAGCACGAAACGCACUCUUGGCUGAUAUCCAGCAGGGAACUCGCCUAAGGAAAGUGACCCAAAUCAACGACCGCAGCGCACCACAGAUUGAAAAACCCAAAGGAGCUAACAGAGAUGGAGGUAACCCAGCUGUUAAUAAAGGUGGCUCUCAGCAGCCUCUGGGAGGUUUAUUUGCUGGUGGCUUUCCUGUUCUCAGACCAGCAGGCCAGAGGGACAUGACAGGGAGGCCCGCUGGGCAGCUCUCCGGAGGCCGCGCCGCAUCCCCCAGAGCCUGCGCCCCGCCCAGCAGCGGCGCCGCCAAGGCGAGCAGCAGCCCCGAGGGCCCGAGGGCAGCUGUGCCCCCGGAGGGUCCCGGCUCCUCCCGAGCAGCAGCGGGAGCGGGCCCCGGCCGGCCCAGCCUGCCCGCGCCGCCUCCCCCGCCCCCCGCUGCCAGCAAGCCUUCCCUCACCUUCCCUCCUCCUCCCGCCGUGCCCCCUCCCAACGACCGCCCUGCCAAGGCGGGGGCCGCCGGCGCCGCUGCCCCGGCCCCGCUCCCUCCCGCUCAGGCCGACAGACCCGCCCAGCCUCAGGCAGGCGCCCCGCCGCCCCCUCCUCCUCCUCCGCUGCCCCCCGUGCCCCCCUGCGGGCACCCGGCCCGGGCGGCCGAGGCCCCCGCGGCCGCCGCUCCGGCCGAAGGAAGGGACUGUCCCCUGCCCCCGCCGCCGCCGCCGCCGCACGCCCAGCCCCCGGCCCCGAGCCGGCUCCCCUUUCCCCCCUCCCCGGCCUCCUGCGGCGCCGACGUGCCCCCUCCGCUGCCCCCCAAGUCUCCGCACUUGCUGUCGCAGUUCCAUAAGCCAAGCAACAUCCAGUCGCUGCCGCUGCCACCCACCCCCGGCCCCCCUCAGCCCGCAGCCGUGGGGGAGACCAGGAAGAAGAGACCCGGCCGAGGCGCAGGAACUGGUGCUGGGAAGCUGGUCACACCUCCACAGCCACCUGCAAGAUCCCCAACAACUGAACUUACAAGCAAGUCUGGAGUCUCAGCCUGGGCUACAGCUCAUGACCCCUACACACCACUUAAAAAUGGAAAUAUGCACAUCAUUGAUGACUUUGAAUCUAAAUUUACUUUCCAUUCUGUGGAAGAUUUCCCUCCACCUGAUGAAUUCAAACCAUUUCAGAAAACAUAUCCCAGCAAGAUACCCAGAGAUCCCUCUAAAAAUCCUCCAUUAAGAACACACGUGAGAUGAGAAGAGUCUUCUAAUGUUCUCUGGACUAGUGUUAAGAAAGAAGAUCAAGAUAAUAUAUAAGACAGCCCCUGUUGCAGUGAUAGAUUGUACUUGAGUCACAAGUACUGCAAUAUUAACAUUUCUAUAAACUGUAAACCAGUAUAAGUUAUACCUUUUUAACUGGCCUACAUACUAUAGGAAUGUUAGUACAGGCUUUUAAAUUACUGUAUAUAGGUGAAUAUUUUUUAAGCAAAGCAGCAUAAAGUUUAAAAUCUUUGUAGUGCUGAAACAAUUCUCAUUCUUAUUGUGCUGACAGUGUUGCCUCAGAAUGUUUUGUGCUACGUGCCUGUAGUUCUUUUUUCCCCUUCCAUCAUAAUUUCUGAAAAUUCUCCAGUUCUUAUUUAGAUAUUUUUUCAAUGAACUGUCAAACUAUUAUGUUAUCUUUAGUCUAUUUUUAUGUUUCCUCACUUCUAUUCUGCCUGGCCUCAGAUUGCAGCAGGAUGUCACUUUCAUGAAGAGAUGUGCCCACGAUCCUUUUCUCAUGAAGCAUGAAGAGGAGAUGCCAAGGAGCUGUGGCUGCUAAUGAGCAUACCUCCUAAUGAUUACAUAUCCUUAUAGGAUAGUGUCUGAAGAAGCCCAGCUGGGUAGGGGGGUCAUGGACUUGACAAAGAUGACAGAACCUUUCCAAAGCAGAGGUCCUCUGUUGUAAGCAAGAAAAAGAAAUGGUGUGUGUGAAUACAUGUGCUGUGAUGAGCAUACGUAAGGACACAUCCUGUCUUUUCCUGCUGGCACAGUGGGUAUUUAUCAUUUCUGCAAUAGACUGCCUUUACCCAGCAAUUACAAAGCCUUUGGAUGAGGGGUCCAAAACCUACAUUUUAGAGCUACUGCUGUUCGCUAGCAGUGAUGGUUCAUUGUCCAAAACACACUGCGUGGAACACUCAGCCCCCAAAGUGGUUGUUGUCUCAAACAGAGUUGGUUAGGAAAAGUAACAACCUAUCAGCAGACUACGUUGAACUACUGCUUUUAAUAUUCAGACCUUGGGUGAGGUUUUUGGAUCACAGGUGUUUAGAUCUGGUCCUAAGAUGUCUAUUUCUAGCAUUUAUUACCGUUAUUCUUGUGCAUUGGGAGGACACCAGGGAAGUGUCAGGGAAAUGAUCUUCCACUCUGCUCAGCACUAGUGAGGCCACAUCUGGUGUGUGGCCACAUGUGCUGUGUCCAGAUUCUGGGCUCCCCAGUGCAAAGAGGACAUGGCCAUGCUGAAGAGAGUCCUACAAAAGGCCACAAAGGUGAUGAAGGGACUGGAGCAUCUCUCCUAUGAGGAAAUGCUGAGAGAGCUGGGACUGAUUAGCCUAGAAAAGAGAAGGCGCAGAGGGGAUCUCUCCAAUAUAUAUAAAUAUUUGAAGGGAGGGUAUAAAGAUGGAACCAGACUCUUUUCAAUGAUACUCAGUGACAGAACCAGAGCAAACAGGCAACUGCAACACAAGCAGAGCUACCAGAACAUCAGGAAACACUUUUUGACUGUGUAGGUGACUGUGCCUUGGAACACGUUGCCCACAGACCUUGUAGAAUCUCAUUCCUUAAAGAUUCUCAAAAACCAUCUUUGGACUUUAUCCUCGGCAACUGGCACUAGGUGACCCUGCUUGGCCAGGGGUGUUGGAUCAGAUGACCUGUAGCCAUCCCUUUAAAUCCCAACCACCCUUUGAUUCCUCUUUUUACAGCUUUUCUGGGUUCCUAGACCUGGGUUACAACAACUCAAGGCACUGCUAUGGGCAGAAUGGCUGGAAAUCUGCCUGACACUAAAGGACCUGGGUGUGCUGGCUGACAGUGGCUAAACAUGCUGAACAGGGGCCAGUGUGUGCUCAGGUGGUCAAGAAGGCCAACAACAUCCUGGCUUGAGGUUCAGAAGGGACCUUAUUGCUCUCUGUAACCUGAAAGGAUACUGUACCAAUGUGGAGGUCAGUCAUUUCUCUCAAGUAACAAGGCACCAGACAAGAAGACAUGCCCUCAAGCUGUGCCAGGGGAGUUUUAGAUUUGAUAUUAGGAAAAACAUCUUCUCCAAAAAGGUUGUCAGGCAUUGGAACAGGCUCCUCAGGGAAGUGGUGAAGUCACCAUUUAAUACCUACAGGUAUUUAAAAGACUUGUAGAUAUGGCACUCAGGUGAUCCCUCAGGUUUUAGCUUUUACAUUUUUCAGAUUCUGUACUGCUUUAGCAUGUAGUUCUGAGCUUCAUAUUAGGGGAUAGCUCUCAUCAUAGAGUAGGUAGACAAAGGACCCUUGGUCCUGAGGACCAAGGACAACUGAUCCAAAUUCCAGGCCCAAGAGCGUAAACAAUGGUGGAAUGAAGAGAGAAAAACAAGGAUGGGACUUCAUAAUCUAAAGCUAUAAUUGGAUGAUUAACUCCAACAUGCUAAUGGAUCAGAACUUACAAAAGUGAGAGACCUCAUGACUAGUUGUUCAUUUUGUGACCCUUUUGGGUUCAUCUUGGGUGUAACCCUGGCUGGGCUCUUAUACUGCCCAAGGUGUGUCCAUUGAGGCCUUCUAAUAAUAAUUGCUUUAUUCUUUAACUCCCUCUAGUCUCUGUUCUAGGUCAGUCUUCACAAGGCAUCACAGGGACAUGGUUUAGUGGUGGACUUGGCAGUGCUGGGUUAACAGUUGGAUUAGAUGAUCUCAAGAGUUGUUUUCCAAUAUAAAUGUUUCCAUGAUUUACCAGUCUGAAAAAGAAUACUGCUGUUCCAGGGUAAGUCUGGUGCUAACAGCCAGGCUAUUACAGUUAUGGCAUCAAUUUUUAUAAUUGCCAUCAAUUCCCCUCAGUUAGAGGUGUAAUAAUGUUAUAGAUCACUGAUGAUCUUUCCCCAUGAUGUUGCCUUUGAACAAAACUUUUUAGAAAAGACAGAUAACUGCAUCUUUACAUCCCUAUUUUCUCUUUGUUGUUACAGCAGCUCAGUUAUACUGUAACUAUUCCAACACACAUGCACAUUCAUGGUGUGAGAUGGUGUAGGGGUAGGAAGCACUUCACCCACAAGACUCCAAGAAAGCAACAUUAGUCUUUUUCUAAUUUAUCAUAAUAACUUGCUGUACUUCAUGCGAAAAGAAAAAAAGUGGUGAUGCUUUGACCAAUAGUGUCACUUACUGUAGUUGCUUGAUAAAUAUGCAUGAAUGUAGUAACAAGCAGGGAUCUUCAUCUACAUUGCUUCUCAAACAACUGGAAAAGUUGAAUACUGUUUUUAAAACUAUUUUGUUAUAGUACUAUUAAAAGUGGCAUAUUGUUGGCUCUCAUUUAUUCUGAAAUGUGUGUACUACUCUGUAGUAAGUACCUUCCUAAGGAUUUAAAAACUAAUUCUAGACUACCUGCCAGCAGUUAUAUAAAGGAGAAGAAAAUUUUACUCCAUUUUUUAUUACAGUUUGUGUAUUUCAGAAAUAAACAACAUCUUUCAGGGAUGAAAUGAGAAA